AUGGGCGUCAGCUUUCCUCUCGAGAGGGCCGAGCAAAUAACUGUGUUUGCAGUUGCUGUGGUCUUCGCCGUGCUUUCUGUGACUGCCGUGGCUCUGCGACUACUGAGCCGUCAAAAGCUGGGGCGAUGGCUGGACGCUAGCGACUAUUUGAUGAUCGGAUCAUGUUUAACAACGGUCGGCCUGUCGGUUAUCAUUGUGCUUGGCCAUUGUGGUCCCUCCACUGAGCUCUGGAUUGUCGCGGGAUCAUUGAACAUUGCAACAGAUGUCAUCGUGCUCGUCCUACCCAUGCCUUAUCUCAUCAGGCUGGAGAUGACAAUGUACAAAAAGGUCACUUUGAUGAUAACUUUUGGUCUUGGGCUCGUUGUCUGCAUCAUCAGCGCCGUCAAAGUCGCCUUGCUACCCUCCGUCGAUAACGGCGACAUCACGUUCUCGAUCCAACACGCCAUGGUUCUGACAGUCCUCGAAGCAGCGCUCGCUGUAAUCCUCGCGUGCAUCCCCGUCUUGCGUCCCUUGUUCAGGAGUGCGAUCUCCACGAUGCGAACCAAGAGCCAAUUGGGCAACUACAGCACCUCGGCCCGGAAGAGCCAGAAGCCAAAGACAGGAGGCUUCUCGGUGAUUGAGGAGCAGCCACUGUCUCCAGCAGCUACCCAGCCAAUGCCGAGAAGACCCGAGAUCAGCUACUUCAGCGCCGAAGCCGUAAGAGCUAGUUGCAGCGAAAGCAAGGACGGAGAGGAGUUGGAGAUGGGAGGGAUUACUGUCAAGACUGAGUUCAUUGCAAGGUAUAGUCACAUCAGUGCUCUGUCAUAG